GCAAGCAGAAAAAAAAAGACUCUCUUACUAUUCUGAGAAUAUGAGUCUGGUCUGGUACCUGGACUGCGGCCUUUUUCGAACACGAAUAGAGGACCCAUCGUUGCGUGAUGCCAAAGACUCUAACCUCUGAACGGCCGAAUACAAGGGUCAAGUCUACUCACCGAUGGAGGUUAUAAAAGAUCGUGAUGGUACCUGUACAGAGGCUCGGAGAGGGAACGGUACCCAUGUCGGCCAACUCCAAAGCUUGUUGUUACUGUAAUGAUGACUUGCUGUGCAGCGCACACGCACGCACACGUCCCCAAUGCAAUGGCACCCUUGUUCAUUACCUUACUUAGCUUACCCGCUUGGUCUAACCGCAGCCGUGGUAGCUCUACCACAUGUACACAAGGAGGUGGUUGAUGUGUGUGGAUGUGGAUGUGGAUGCCUUGAUAUUUGUCUCUAUGUACAUACAUAUUCGAGCUACUGCCAGCUCUUCCCGUCCAUCCAAAGUCUCUUUCACUUUCUUGUUAUUCUUCUCAAAUGUGAAACCAUCUUUCCAACUUACCUAUUUUAAUGCACAUACAACUUGCAACCUUCAACAAUCAACACAUCUGAUAUACACAAUGGCCUCUUACAUACGAGACAGUCGAAGCGCGGUGAGAGCUCAUAGGCGAGACUCGUCGUCAUCAUCAUCCUCAAACACAAACUCCAACCGCACAAGACCACGACUUCUUCGCUCUAGUGCAACGGAACCUUCAAUCACUGCUUCAAAUGCCAUCAGAGGCUCAUUCGCUGGCCCGGGCUCACCACAAAGAGCGACUGAUCUUCUCAACCGUGUUGCCGUCUACUCGCCAUCUCCAGAAGCCUCGACUCCAGGCCCAGUCUCACGCCACGCCGAGCCCAUCUCAAUCUGCCGUGAUGACCGAGAGCAUUCGCCCUCCAGCAGCCCAGGAACUCAGUCCGUCGUGAUGGUCGACUCACCAUCUGGCUAUUACUUUAGCUUUCCUAGCUUUGAGGAAUGGAACAGGGACAACCAAGAGGAUAUGAAUAAGGACUCUGAUGACUGAGAUGUGACGGGAAAGAGGGUGAGAGGAACCAAAUGGCCUCAAACCGAAAAAGGAAAACAACAUGACUACGACAGGGCGACAACAACAGUCGCUCAUCCAGCACGGCCACACUGUCGACGAGACAGAAAAGGCCUUCGCUGACGGCUCAAAGAGGAGCAAGUGACAGCGAGGCCAUUGGAACCAAGGGAUCAGAAACGCAUCGUCAACCAACAACCACACCGGCCUUUUACCAAUAUGAGACUGGAAUAAACGAGGUUGUGGCUGGCUGAUUGCGCCCUAGGACUAGGCUGGGUGGAUAGAGGUGAAAGGCUUCUUGGUAGAAGAGAAGCGGACGCUGAAAUCGAGCUGUACACGAUGCAUGAAUGAGGAAUAGCUGCACCUCUGAAAAGGUGGAGUGAAGGGGGUCCAACAACAGAACAGAACGGUCUGGGUGAAUCUCAGGACCCAUUGACAGAAAGCAAGACGCUUAGAUCCAGUUGGACGAGGUCUGCUAAAACACAAAGAAAACAGAUAAAAACUAUAUACAUCUCCCUGAAACAUACCAUAAUUCAUAAGUUGUAAUAAAUCUUGGUUGUCAAAUGUGAUGAAACAGCAUAAACUAUGACAUACGUUGCCUGUCGGUUCCUUGAAUAGAGACUCAAAUGACAGCAUCCAUCGUAAGCAGAAAGUCUUGGUAGGAC